AUGCGCCUGAAAGCUCCAAAAGAAAGCUAUUUCCUGCUAGGGCACUUUGAAGCCAAGAAACUGAUGGUUUUGCCCAACGGGGACAUCCAGCUAUCCUGCUACUCGAGCCCCCAGAAACGUGUCCCGCGCUCCCAGUUGCUUGUCCUGAUGCCUUUCCCGAGGCCCACCUCCGCGUGGCAAGGCUGCUGCCCUGUGCCUCCCUGGGAGGGCCUGCACUGGCGACCCCAGCAGGAUGGGAGGAGGCAGCUGUGCCCCAAGACGUUGGCGUGGCUGUCGUCACUGCCGUGCUGGUGGGAUCCACAGAAGGAGGAGAAAAGCAGAGGCACCCACAUGGCCAGCCCCAGCCUGGCCAACAGCACCCCAGCUGCCACCAAGCAGACCUUGGGCGGUGGCGGCCCGGCCACCGAGGCUCAGCCACCACCACGCAGCAGCAGCAGCAGCUUCACCUACAUUGUCAGCCCGCAGCAAGCCGCCUACAGCUAUUCCUUAUUCGGGGUGAAGAAGCUCAGCCUCGCCAAGGAGCUGAGGGACCGGAUCCCGGAUGCCAUGCGCCAGCACUACUUGGGCCUGUUCACCGAGGAGUGCCUCAAGUUCGCCUCCUCGCGCCCGGAGGCCGUCGAGAAGGCUCAGGCGGAGGAGAAGGAGGUCUACGACCAAAGCCCCGGCAAGAGCAAGUACCUGGACUUCGCCCUGCACACCCUGAAGAAACUCAGGGGCCUGGUCCCCAGCGCCGUGCCGGGGCUCGACAAGGCCACCCUGUACGGCCGCCUGCGGAGCUAUCUGCUCACCGAGGAGCAGCGGAGGGAGCACGGCUUCCCCUUCGCACACCCCGAGAAGCCCGGCUCGGCGAUGCUCUACACGCGAGGAGGAGAGCAGCCCUGGAGCCCGCCGCCGCCGCCGACACACAGGACCUGCUGCCGCUGUGGCGCCGAGUAUCCCGUGUCGUCCUCGGGCUGCUGCCUCUGCCCCGACCCGUGCGUGUUCCACUGGGGGCGCAUCCGCACCAGCCGGGUGCCCGGAAGAGGCUCGCAGGUGCGCUACUCGUGCUGCUACGCGCCCACGGGGACCAGAGGCUGCACGGUGGCCAAGCAGCACGUGCAGGACGGGCGCAAGGACAACUUGCAGGGCUUUGCCAAGACCUUCCCGAAGAAGGACUGGGAGGCGCACGCCGGGAUCUACGCCCUGGACUGUGAGAUGUCCUACACCACGCACGGCCUGGAGCUCACCCGCGUCACGGUGGUGGACACGGACUUACGCGUGAUUUACAACACCUUCGUCAAGCCGGACAAUGAGAUCGUGGAUUACAACACGCGAUUUUCCGGAGUCACUGAGGAGGACCUGGCCAACACCAACGUAAGACUGCGGGACGUCCAGGCCGUGCUCUUGAGCCUGUUCAGCGCCGAGACGAUCCUCAUCGGCCACAGCCUGGAGAGCGACCUGUUAGCUUUAAAGUUCAUCCACAGCACGGUGGUGGACACGUCCGUGCUCUUCCCGCACCACCGGGGCCUUCCCUACAAGCGCUCCUUGCGAGGCCUCAUCUCCCAGUACCUUAACCAGACGAUCCAGAACAACACGGGUGGCCACAGCUCCAUCGAAGAUGCCAGGGCCUGCAUGCAGCUGGUGAGCUGGAAGAUGCAAGAAGACCUCAAGACCUCCAGCCCCCCUCCCCAGCACCAGACCGCUUCCCCAAAAAGCAGCCUGCAGCAGACGCGGGUUUACACCAGCCGGCACACCCAGAUGCCCAGGACCAUGAAGAUGCAUGCGACCACAGACCAGCGGCCCUGGGAGGAACGAGGCCCAGACCCACGUCAUAGGCUCCAGCCAGAGACUUGAAGGACUUCUUGUGAGUUGAUAGUGGGUUGUGGGGGCGAGGGACUGCCACCCUAAGAGUUGUGAAAACUUUUUAGCCCAAGCCUGAAGCCUUGCGGAAUUACAUGCUGCUGCCUUGUGGGACACGGGUGGGUACUGUUGGCUGUGUUGUGGGUGUGAAAACAGAAUGAGUUUAGUUUAAGUCGCAAUACACCAUGCAAAAGGGCAGAGGAGGAAGUGUUGCUACUGAGGAAAACAGCCCGCCUGACUUAGGGAUGAGGCUGUCUUGAUUCGACAAGAGAUUAACUUUGCUUUGAGAAUGUCGAUGAAAUUUAUUGGAAAUAACUAGUUCCAAGCAACACUAGUCAUCUCUUAAUUUUCAGGUGUUUUUGUUCUUGGAGUGGAAAUAGUGUGAGAUUUCUCAGGGGGAGUAACCUUUUUUUCUUCUAGUACAUAAAAACAUUAUAAAAUGCAAGUGGUUUUGGAAUGAUUUUAAUAAUUUGUUUGAAAAUUGAUUAAAUUAUUUCUCCUAGAAAAUAGCAUGAACCCAAAUACCUUUUAUUUCUUCUUAUGAUAUGUUUUAAACCAGAUAAUCAAAUGAAUCUUUUGUCCUAACUAGCCACCCUUGAGCUGUGUGUUAAAGGACAUUCUCUGUUACUGUAUGAAGGUUUAUGCAAGACAGUGUGUUUUGGAAUACUCAGGAGAGAAAAUAACUUUUUAUUAUCCAUUUUUUAGAUGACAGUUUAUAACAAUUUGUAAGUUCUUUCUACCUAAGCUAGGACUCAGAGCUCAUUAGCAUUAAGAACUUUGCUUUUCAGAUUUGUGUUAAAAUGUUCAAUAGGGCAUUUAAUACUAUUUUCUUUCUCUCUUCACCUGUGGCUUAUUGUGUGGCCGAGGGUUGCUACCUUUAGAGGGAAUCACCAUGCUUUUUGUCAAAAAUAAAUCCUAAAUUACCUGAGCAAAACUAAACGUUAUUCUUUUGGCUAAUAACUCUUGCCUAUGUGUU